UAAAAAGCAAGAUAUGGAUUCUGAAGAAAGAAUUUUAGGAUUUGAAGGAAGCGAAGAUGAAAUUGAGGGAGAAGAUGACUCCCCAAACCCUCUGACAGCUGUCAAACAAGAGGUUAACUACCUUUCUUAUGAUUAUUACGGCACUAGAAUGGUUACUUGAGGAGCAGACCAGAAACUAAAAAUAUGGGAAAAGUCAGAUAAUAAAGAUGAUCCAGAUAUUAGUAAUGCUGAAGAUAAAAGUCCUGGAGAACAUACAAAGUAUUUAGAUGAAUUUGAAAACCUUAUCUCACCAAGAAUGAAAACUACUCACCAAGCAGAAGGAUUUAAGCAAGGGAUGUACCUUGCUGAGGAGUGGGAGGCUCAUUCAGGACCUAUUGUUAAAGUUCAAUGGGCACAUCCCCAAUAUGGUCAAUUGUUUGCCUCCUGAGCAGAUAGUGGGGAGUUAUUUAUUUGGGAAGAGAAAAUUAAAAGAAAGCCAGGAAGCUCACACGAACUUAUCAGAGAAUGGACUAAAGUAGCAUCCUUAGAAGUCACAAAAGAUAAAAUACAGGAUAUUAAAUUUGGUCCAGAACAUGUUGGUUUAAAAAUACUAGUACUUUACACAAAUGGGAAAAUAAAUAUUUUCCAAGCGAAAUAAUGUCACUAACCUUCAGAAAUGGGAGUUAAUCUCUAAUCUCGAUUCCAUUAAUAAGAAUGGGUGCAACUCAGUUGAUUGGAAUCCAAACGAGGAAUAUGAUAUGUUUGUAGUUUGCUCAAAUGCCAAUAUCGAAGGGAGUCAAUUUGAAGAACUUGAAGAACAAGAUCUGAAAUCUAAAGAUCCAUCCUUCAACGUUUCUAAAGAGGAAAAGAAAGAGAACAACAGAGACACUGAAUUUAAAGAGACUUUGAGGCAAAUGAAGAAUAAAGUCCUCCAAUUUUUUAAGUUAGAUGACAAAGAUUAUGAGGAGUUCCUUAUGAUUGGCAAAGAGAUAGACUACCACGAUGAUGACAAAAUAGAAUCAGAGAAUGAAUCAAUUGAAUGGGACCUAAGUAAAAGCCUUCUGUCUAGCAUAUUUGAUGUCAAAUUUGCACCAAGUGUUGGCAGGUCAUAUACUGUGCUCGCUACAUGUGAUAGCAGUCUUAAUAUAAGCUUCUGGAAGCUAGAUAUGUCUAAAUAUAUUGAUGAAAAAGAGACUUCAAGAAGCCAGAUCUCAGGCCUUCAGAAAGCAUCAACUCAAAUAGGUGAGACCGAGCAUAGCUUCCACAAGAACAACGAGCCAGGAGAGAAAGUGCUUUCUCUGAUAACUUCAAUUUCCCUCAGAAGAGAAGAAGAUGAGAUACUGAAAACAAAAAUCCCUGAGAUUUUGGUAAAACAAGAAAUGAACCUCUCGUUCAGUAACCAAUCUAAUGAGGAAAUUGAGUUAAAAGCUAGCCAGAUAUAUCUCUGAUGGAAUAUAACAGGAACCAUGCUUGCAAUCAGCUUGAACUUUGAGAAUAUCAAGGACGGGCACGUGCUAUGUAUCUACGCAGAAAGACCCAAGAUCCAGAAUGGAAUGAGAAAGUUGCAUUAUCAAUUGGUGUCAACAUUUGGAUAAGAUUUUCAGAUAGAUUUU